CUGACUUGUAUUGUUAAACUUUGUAGCUAGCUUUUCAUCUUAAUGAGGGAAUGAGAAAGGAAGUGAUGAGUUCAGUAGGCAUCAAGUGGAGGACAUUCAAAACAUUUUUGACUAGAAGAUUUGUAGCUCCUUACCUUAACAACCAAGAUUUAUUGGAAGCAAAUCCCACUGCAUUAGAUGUGCCUCCAAAAAGAUAUAACAUUCCUGAGGAGGAAUGGAAAAACUUCGUCACCAAAAGAAAAAGUAAAGAAUUUCAAGAAUUUAGUAAAAAACAAAAAGAGAGGCGUGCUGCUUUGGAGUAUCCUCAUCGUUCAUCACGACACAGUUAUAAAGAAAUAGAAAUUGACCUUCAAACUAAACUAGGCACAGAUGAGCCAAUAGAUCGAUCUAUACUUUGGAAGGAGGCAAGGAAAGAUGCAUCAGGAAAUUAUGUAAAUGAACGUGACAAGCUUAUAGGAGAUACCAUUGAUGACCUUCUAGAUAAGAGAAAUGAGGGGACACUUGUAGAAGUUGGGACAAACGAUAUAUUGACACAAGUGUUAGGAACAAAGGAGCAUCCUGGUAGAGUAAGAGGCCAAAGUCGUGGAGUUACACAAAGAGACUACUUUUUGAAGCCAGCAGGAGGUUUUAGUGGACUUCAACAAUAUCAAUUUCAAUUUCAGCAACACCAAUCACAAAAAUACUUAGAUGACUUUAAAAAGUUAGAACAAUCCUUUGAGCAAAGACUACGUAGUCAAGCUGAACAAUUUUAA